UAACCCUAACAAGAGCCGUAACCUCGUAAGCUUUCUAUUUAAAGGGCAUGUUUCAAAAUAAUCGUUAAAAAACGCGAACCAUAGGAAUGAUACUUCCGGUAUUCGCUGUGACAGUCUCGCGCACGCGCAGUCAGUACCGGAAGUGGACGCUGCAACUGUUGCUGCUACAGUUCACAGCAAGUGGAGCGUCAAAAGUGGCAGCUGCUUUCCAGUUUCUCAUCGAGUUUAAAGUCUGAACCUUUCCAAAGAUGAUAACUCUCACUGACUCACAAAAAAUCGGGAUUGGACUGACGGGUUUCGGAGUGUUUUUCCUGUUCUUUGGGAUGAUCCUGUUUUUCGACAAAGCACUCCUCGCUAUUGGAAACAUCCUGUUUGUGGUCGGCCUCGCGUUCGUCAUCGGCCUGGAGAGGACUUUCAGGUUCUUCUUCCAGAAGCACAAGAUGAAGGCCACCAGCUUCUUCCUCGGGGGCGUGUUCAUAGUGCUGAUCGGAUGGCCCAUCGUCGGCGUGGUGCUCGAGUUUUACGGCUUUUUCCUCCUGUUCAGGGGUUUCUUUCCGGUGGUUAUCGGUUUCAUCAGGAGGAUACCCAUCCUCGGCUCCUUGUUGAACCUGCCCUUCAUCAGCGGGUUUGCGGACCGAGCGGGCGAGAGCAACAGCAUGGUAUAACGGACGCCGUGCCAUUCUUUCUCCUUAUUUAUGACGGAUUUCCUAAAAACAAACUGUUUAUGCUCGUGUUCUAAAAGCCAUGCCGAUUCUUUUCCCUUUUAAACGGGGGGUGUGAGUGAGUGAGUGAGUGAGUGAGUGAGUGAGUGAGUGAGUGAGUGAGUGAGUGAGUGUGUGUGUGAGUGUGUGUGUGAGUGAGGGAGAUUUAUUUUCCCCCCCGUAGCCAAUCCGUGUGUGUGGGAACUGAAACAGACCAGCAUGUGGAGUUAUUUAUGUACAUACUAUAAGGUCUAUUAUCGCUGUAUUCAAAAAAAAAAAAAAGAAAGAAAGGAAAGUACCGGAUCUCCCCCUGUCCUCGGUGUCGGUGGAGGGAGCGAGCGGUGCCGCGCGGGACGAGGAAGAACGGACGGGAGGUGUGUCCUGUUACACCGACGGCUCGGGUCUGCUUCAGGUCCGAGUCGGACGCCACGGCGACGCUAACGUCUCUAACGUGGGCUGUUAAUGAUCAGUACUUUCUUUUUUUAAAGGUUUAUUUUUUAUCAGAAUAUUGAGAUACUGUAAUAUUGAGUAACACGUGCUUACACUUUGUAAAUACAGUUUAAAAAAGAAAACAAACAAACAAACAAACAAAACACCACCACAAAGCUGAUGUUUGUCCUUUCAUUCAAACACAGAUUUAAUAACCCUUUACUGCAUGGAAACUGUUUUUUAAUAAUACCAAGCCACUCUUUUCCUACGGAAGCGAAAAAAGGUUUAAUUUUUUACAUAAAAAAAUAAAUAAAUAAAUAAAAAUUGCCAUGUCACAUGACCAUUUUUCUAUUUUCGAGAAACGCGUUGAACGCUCCGUGAGAGAAGUUCACGUUUAUUUUAUGUCAGUUCAACAAGUUUCUGUAUUUCCAGCGUUGUGUUAAACGGUGAAGUCUCGCCGUUGCCAUGCGGCAACAAGACGCGGUAACGGGACCGUCGUACGUGCGGUCAGGAAUUGAAACAGGCGUACACGGCAAAAAAAACAAAAAAAAAAAAACAAA